GAUGCGGCAGCUGUUUUUAAAGCGCGGCAAAUAGCACUCUGGUUUGGGGCUUUUCCAGACGCUGAUUUGCACCACCGUCACUGCGGGAGACACGGCUGCUGGCGCCACCACCAUUGAGCCAGACUCCGCCCAGCGGGUAAAAGCUCUUGGACCAUGGCGAGCCUGAGAGGGUUUCCGCUCCUUCUGCUCAGUCCUGGCAGCACUAUCGCUGCUGAGAAACUGUUCUGGCUCCUGCCCGGUUCCGGGUUUCCAGCAGAGUGAAGACGCAGCACACCCCAGGAGACGACUUCAGACCGGGAACCGCUGUUGUUUUUUGUUUUCUAAGGGUCGACGGUUCGCAGACGAAACCCCUCCCAAGUGCUUUUGCAGGCCUCCACCCACAGCACCACCCCUCCAGGUGGUUCCUUCAGCUCCACCCCUCGAGGUUCCAUCACCCGAUCCCACCCCGCUCCACACGGCAUCACCAAGCUCAGCCACUCCCACACAAACCUCCACCCCUGAGCCUCCGGACCCUGCCCCCCUCCUCCUGUUACCCAAGCUCCGGCCUCUGGUUCCCAUGUCGAAGGGAAAGGCGGGGAAGCUGAAGCCGGGAAACAGAAAGCAGGCAAGGAUUCAAACUCCUUGUUUCUCGCGCCAGUGUUGUACAACGCGAGAGGCAAAACCCCAGAUGGGAACCACUUUCAUACGAAAGCAUAAAGGAACUCUGCAAAACAAAACGUGAAUUUGGACAAAAAAGUGAAUUUUUUAGGAGCAUGUUAAAAGCAACUUUCAAUUCUAACACCUUAGUUCCUACUGAUUUAAAGUGCUUGUUCAGUUGCUUGCUCCCUCCAUCAGAAUACAGAAUGUGGGAAAGAACUUGGAAAAGGUUUGCAGGAGACCUUCUUCCAGGAAUUUUGCAGACUCACGAUUAUGCAAAAGAUAUAGAAGGUGACGAGAUCACCCUUGAACAUCUUGUGGGUGAAGAGGAUUGGAACCAAGCCCAAAAACAAGCAGCAGGGAUUCCAAAACCAGUGUUAGACCUCACAAAAGACGCAGCAGAACAGGCAUUUCUUAGUAUGCCCUCAAAAGAACCUAUAAUACCUUAUAUCGCUCUCAGGCAAUCUGUUUCAGAGCCAUUCAUGGAUUUUGUUGAUCGAGUGAGAGACACGGUUGAGAAAAAGAUGGAAGGGCAAGAAGCACGAGCCAAAAUCAUGUUUGAAAUUGUCACCACAAAUGCAAAUGAUGCCUGUCGGCGAGUCAUCAUGGCUCUUCCAGCGUCACCUCCACCUAUGCUGGAUCGGCUCAUCGAGGAGUGCACAAGAAAAGCCACACUGAGGGCAGAGGACUUGGUGGAAAGUCUUCAGGAAAAAGUGGUUCCGCCAACAUCAGCAACCCCAGAAACUCCAACAUCGAGUUCUCCUCCUCCCAAACGCAGGUGUUUUUACUGCAGUCAGGAAGGCCAUUUCAUCAGCCAGUGCCCCUUUCAGGGGACAGCGCCUCCUCAGGGGGGGAGGGAGGAGGGAGGAGAAUUCUCCAACCAGCAAAAAAUCUUAUUGGGGAGCGCAGACCUACCCUGCAUGAUGAUACAAAUGGGGUGGGUCAGGGGGGUGUUGGAGACCCCACAGAUGACGCAGUUGCGUCAAACAGGAAACGCCGCAAGGGAGGAGGAGAACCCUAACUCCUGUUUUUCCUUUAUACUGGCAGAAUUCCUAUAGUUAGUUUACCCUGUUGUAUGAUUUCAUUUUUCUUUCAGACUAGCAGGAUGUCAGUUCCUACAUUCCUGCUCCUCAUUUGGCUCCAGAAAAGCAGGAGAAUGAGGACUGGUUCAUGGGCAUGUUUAAAGGCUGGGAUCUUUCUGGUUGUCCCUUCUAAAGGACAUAUGUUAUUUUGUAGUUGCAACCUUUUUAGUUUUGCUAUCAUUUGGGAUUUUUAAAUUAAUCAUUUUUAGCAUUGCUUCCUCCAAGUUUGCAGCCUCCGCACCUGUUGUAGUUGCUGCUGCCACCACAGGAGGAGAAUGGUGGGAAGAUGGAAAACAAAACAACACUGCAGUUUGAUAACCGCAGUUUCUCCUUCCCCCAAAGCUCCAUUCCUUUUAUUAAACAAAAAAGAGGGAGAUGUUGUAGUAUACAGCUACGCAAAUGGAGCAAAAAGCUUUGUGAAUUUGAAAUGGGAGUUUCUGUUUCCUAAACCUGGAGUUUCUAUUCUGUAUUUUUACAUGUAUUCAUCCUUCCCCCGAAGCUAUUCCCAUUGGAUUUUACCUAUAAUGUAUUCAUACUGGGCAUUGUUCUAUUGGUUUCACCUUAUCUCUUAUUUUCCGCUAUAAACCCUGUAACUCAACCCCAGACCAUUGUCACUUGUACGUGCGGCGUUUGAGCGAAUACAACCUACUUUAGACUGCACAAGUGUCCAAUCUCUUGAGUCUCUUUAUCCCGGUCAUGA